CAGGGUUGUAGAUCUACAACCGUUUCUUGUCACAUUUGUCCAUAGCACCACCAUAGAUAUUAAUGUCUAGGCAUUUUUCUCAGUAGUCUUACUCGUCAGACUUCUAUGGUGUUGGUGUAUUUCAUUAAAUUUACUAUAUUAUUUUUAUUACACAGUAUUCUUACUCUUAAAUCAGCUGACUUUUUUUAAACAAUAAUGUAAUUUUCGGAUUAACUUGAAAGAACUUAAACAUAAAUAUAUGUGUAUAUAUGUAUAUAUAUAUAUAUAUAUUUAUAAUUUUGUUGGUGAUAUUUAUUUUUUAGCACAUUUAAAGUAAGUGAUUUUUUUUGUCCAUAAUGUAUGCCAAUCCUGAGACGUUGAAAGACUUGUGCAUUCACUAUAUUGUUGAUAACAUUGAACAACUUUAUGUGGAAAAACAAAACAGUGAAACUGACUCGCUAUCUUUUGAACCAGAAUAUGUGUUCAUCGACAGUAAUGUAUACUUGCCAAUGGAGGUAUCUGAGAUAAUAUUGACAAAACUUAGUAUACGCAAUAAACUAAAUGAUACAAUAAUGUCAUUAUUCAGUCAUAGCAAUGUUUACUUGAGGUUUGUUUGUUAUAAGUCCUUGAAAACAUUAACAAUAAACAUGUACUACCUAUUCAUUCAUACCACAUACCUUAUUUAUUCUCUUUAAAAAAAUUUAUUAGUUACUUACUAAUAACUUAAUUGACCUGCAUCCAAUUUAAAUUUAAAUUUUCCUGUAUGUUUAGUGUAAUAUGAUUAAAUACUAAGUAAUAAACUGAGUAUAUACAUUUUUUUAUGUUAAGUUAAAUUAUAGUCUUAUGUAGAUUUAUAAGUAGCUAUCAUAAGAUGCAUAUUAUAUGAUCUGUAUCUAUAAUUUAUCAAAAUACACUAGGCAAUACUGAAAAUGUAGGCGUUUAGAUCAAAUUUAACACCUGCCUAGUUGGAUAUCUGUGACCAAUAUUUUUUUUUAAUAAUCAAUUCUACAUUAAUGAUUAACUUUUUAUCAUAUUUAAGAUUAUAAUUAUUUUAGACUUGUGUAUUUGAAAAACUAAAAAAAAAAAUCGUAAACCAAAUUGAUAAAUAAAUCAUGUGCUGGGUGUUACCACUGGGUAAUUUACCAUAUUCAAAAUAUUCAAUGGCAUUACUCAUAUUCUUACAUAUCAAUUGCUUAAUGUACAUACUCUUGUAUAGAUUGUAAUUUAUCAAAAAAAUAAAAAAAUAUUUUAGACUUAAAUUUAUGAUGGUAAUAUAAUUUAAUAUAAAUUUUUAAAAAUACAUGGAUUUGAAAAGUCUUUUAGUAUGAAUUUCUUUGAAUGUAACAUAUAUUAUAUUUUUAAAUAUCCAGAUUAACUGGACUUAACCCAACUAAAUACAAGACUUAAAAUUUAGUUACAUAUCUAUAUAUAAAUAUAACCCAAAUUAUUUAUUUGUAUUUCUUUCUAAACGUCAAAACUAAAAUUUAUAUUUAAAGUAUCUUCUGAACUUAGGAAUAUCAAUUGUUUAUAUUUUAAAUAGUACCUAUUUACUUAUUUUUAUACAACUUUAGAAUAAAAAUCAAAGAGGUAUAGUUAGGUAAUGUAAAUAAUCAAUAAUAAUAUGAUGCACUAUUUAUAAUAAUAUUUGAACUAGAUGUUUUCUAUUCAUUUUACACUAAUUUCUUUAUUAUUGUGAAUAUGUUCAGGAUUAUGAAUAUUAUAAAUUAUAAUAAACGUUUUUUUAUAUUUUAGAAAUGUGAUAUUACCUAACACAAACAAAUUGACCACAAGAGGACUAAGGACAUUAAAAAACCAUAAACUAAGAGAAUUAAAAGUUUAUGGUAUGAAUUGUACAGUAAAUGAGCUUGUUGGCUCAUUAGGUGAAUGGACAACACAUAAUUUAGAAUCAUUAUUCGUAUCAAAUAGUUCAUUUAUAAAUAAUUCUCAGUAAGUUUUUUUAUUUUCAGUAUAAAGUGGUUAUACAUUUUCAGUUAAGAAAAUUUUUUUAAUAUAUUUUGUUUUAUUUUUUUAUUGUUAAGUCUAUAGUCUGUUCCAUGAAAGAUCAGACCGCUCGCUGUGCAUUCCCAUGCUGCAAUAUUUCCCAUUAAUCACCCCUGGUCGACGCUCGACAUCAGUUUUAACAUUAAAUAUUCACAAAAGCUGAUCUCUUGUGGGAGAGACUAUAGGUUAAAUUUUGUACAAAGAUAAUUUUUGAAAUUUUCAUUUUAAAUUGAAAGUAGUAAAUACUACUAAAAUAUAUUAUAUUAAAUUAAAACAGUAAUAUAAUAUGUGAAUCUGUUAAAGUAUCAAAUGAGAGAAACUUAAUAUUGUGAUUAUUACAUUAAUAUUAUAUGUUAAUCUAUCUGUGAACUAUGUUGUACAAAAUUAAAUUGUUUUUGAUAGAUAUGUAGAAUAAUGGCAAAAAAAGAGUUGAUGGGGGUACCACUGUUGUAGGUCAGAAGUUAGGAAAAAAGGAUUCAUAAAGUUAUUUAAUUUAUAUCUUAACACAUAAAUAAAUAAUAAAUAAUUGCUGAUGAAAUAUAAUUCCGAGCAAAAUUUGGCUAAAUAUAUUUUGAAAUAAUUAAGUUUUUUUUAGAUUUUCAUUCAAAUUUGAACUUAAAAACACAAAGUACAACUUAACAUUUUCAUUUUUAAAUUUAUACACAUCUGUGUUUGACAAUUGUAUCCACAUAAGACCAAACAAACUUGAAAAUGUAAGACGCUUAUAAACUUUGCCCCGAAAAUUUGACUGUCUCGGCUUAAAUGGCCAAUAAGAAUAUUAUGUUAAAAUAUUAAAUCGUUUUAAUUAUUUUUAACUGAAUUACAACAUAAAAUAAAAUCGAAAAAUAAUAAAAUUGUUAUUGUUGUGCAUUUUUACAUUUUUCAUAAAUACUAAGAAAAUUACAAGAAAAAUCAAAAAAUUACUUCCUCAAUGCACUAAUUAGAUUCAAAAUGUUACAAAAAAGUUCUUGUGUCAUUUUUUAAUUGAAACAAGAUUUUUAGUUGAAAUGUUGAACACAUCAUAACAAAACCAAUACAUUCCUCACUACGCUCAGAAUUUAAUCUAAAAUAAAUAAAUUUGAAUAAAUAAAAAUUUACAAAAGGUAGAAAGAAAAACCGGUCGUUAUAAAAAUGUGUUAAUUUCUCUUUAUAGCAUUGUAUUACCCAUGUUCUUUAUAAUCUUAAUACAUUUACGGACAUUACUGCUAUAGUAGUAAUAUGUAAAAUGUCAGUUUACAUCAUUACUGUUGAAGCAGUAUUUAAUAGUAUCAAAUCAUAGAAGACAAUGGACUGCCACAUUACGGCAGUCCACACUGUCAAUUUAUAUAGAUUUUGGAUGUAGGUAUAGCACUACUAAUAUAACAGUAAAAAUUAUAUUACAAGUGUCCGUCAAUGUGUUAAAUCAUACUUCUAUAUUGUAAUUAAAUGGAUUGGUUUGGAUUAUUAUUUUUUUGUCUUUGAUUUGAAACUGAGUUUUCCAUGUUCAAAUCAUUAUCUAAAAUUAAUUUAAAUUUUAACUUUUUCCUUUAUUAUUAUUGUGUUUAUUAUAUUAUUAUAGUGUUUAUUGUAUUAUUAUGAUUUUUUAGUGACUUGAAAUUUAAUGUUGCUGUUUCAUUAUCAAAACUGAAAAAUUUACGUUCACUUGAUGUAAGCAAUACUGAAUUUACUACCAACAAUUUAAUUGCUAUUAUUGAAGAUCUGCCAAAUUUGGAGUCAUUAGAUAUUUCUAAUACAAAAGUUGAUACACUACUACCAUUAAAAAAAAAAAAUCAAAUAAAGAAGUUAAACGUUUAUAAUUUAAUGGUAAAAUAAAAUUAAUUUUUCUUAAUAAAUUGGACAUUUUACAUUUUGAGUAAAGCUCAGGUUUUAAAAUUAGUACAUUAAAUUUAAAAAUGUUUUUUUUUCUGGCAUAAAUUGAACUUUUGAUCUAUGUUCCGAUGUUAAAAUGUACAUUCUUACAAUUUUAAAAGGACAGUUUCUACAUCAAUAAGAAAAUUAAUAAAUUCAAAUUACAAACUGUGUUAAAUUUUAAGAUCACAAGAACAUACACAUAAUUUUAUUAUACAAAAUAUAGAUUUUAUAAAAAACUUUUCAAAACUAAUAGCUCUACUCAGUAUGUAAUAUUUAUAAAGAGGAUUUUUUAAAUUUAAUUUUCCAAUACAUAAAAUUUAAAAAAACUAGCUUUAGUAAUUUAUUAGAUAGCUGUAAGUUAAUUUUUACAAUGAUAUGUUGUAUUUAUUUUAUGGGUUAAUAAAAUAGUUGCACAUUUUCAGAGUAGGGUAUUAAUUGUAAAGUAACUCAUAGCAUAUUACAUUUAAAUUUAAAACUUAUAUGAUGACAAAAAAGUUACUAGUUAAUUGUUUAUCUCUGGCACCAUUAUAAAUUAAUUUUUAAAAAUGUUAAUUAAUAUAUUUAAAUUUCAAAAAAAAUAAUCUCCAUUCUUUCAAACAGACAAAUAAUAGGUCAUUGGCCAACACCAUAUCAUUGUACUUUUUAUUUUAGAUUAUUAAAGGUUGGAAAUGAAAAUACUAUUUUGUAUAAUUAUAUUUUUAAUAGGAACCUACCAUGCAUUUGAUCGCCUUCAGUCCACUUAAAUCUAUGACAUCAUUGACACAUUUGGAUUUGUCUUCUGAGAAAUAUACUAAUCCAUUUAUUUCAUUCAGCUGUGAAACACUGUGGUUACCAUUUUUGACAGAUCCUGAUUGGUUACCCAAUUUAGUUUCAUUAGAUAUUUCAGGUUGGUUUUUAUUUUCUGAUUUUAUCGUACUAAAAUAUAUUAAAUAUUAUAAUUUAUUGUGCUUCAUCAUUAGAUUAAAAUUGUAUAGUUUGAUAAAAUAUAGGAAUUGGUAAGGCUACUUUCAUAAUAUUGAAAAUAAAAACAUAUUAAGUUGAGAAAAGUUUAUCAAGUUUUUCACAUUAUCCAUUUUAACUAAUGUUCAAGAAUUGCCCAACCAGUUAACAGAGGUUUAAAAAUUACCUCAACAUUGCUUCUGUUAUCAUAGUGGUUCUCAACCUGUUUACUGUCAUGCCCCCUAAAUUAAUAUUUAAUUUUUUAGUAACCCUUAAAUAUAUAUUUUACACAUAGUGAUCCAAUAUUUUAUAUUUUUGGCAACCCCCAAGUUAUCGGAAUGUUUUCAGUUGUUUACCUGUUUUCAUUAUUGUAAUUUGUGUUAUUAUACAUAUUUACAUUUGAUGGGAUCUAACAAUAAUAUAAAGUUUUAUAAACACUAAAAUAAUUUUCAUGGUUUAAUAAAAUUGGAUGGAUGAACCCAAUGUUUUCUAAAGUUAAUUUUUAAACUCUGAUUGUGUCUUUUUCCUUUGGUAAAUUAAAUGAAAAAUAAAAAGAUUUUAAUAUAUCUAAUUAUAGCCUCUUAUCUAAUUAACAUCCACUGUUAUAGGUAAUGUUAUUGAAAAACAAUUCUGAACGAAGUUCAGUGAUUCUUUGUCAACAAUAUAUAUGCCAUAUUAUAGUAAAAUAAUUAAGUAGGCUUUAUAUAUUUUCUUUAAUAAUAUUUAUUUAAUGUUGUACCGAUUUUCCCUUUUUUCCUAAGUUUUUCCUGGUUUUCCCAUGUUUUUCCAGGUUUUUCACAUUUGCUAUGAAAACUCCUGAGAAAAUCGAAAAAUGACCUCUCUAAAGUAUCUUCCCAGUUGGAUUUCCUUUUUCAAACAUUAUUAUUAUUAUAAAAUGGAGCAAAAUUGCUAGUAAAAAAGUUGUGCACAGAAAAAAAAAUUGUUUCUGUUUCCCUCAGUCUUUUGUUUUCGAUUUUUUCGCAUUUGAUGCUAAAACAUUUGCUACGAAAACGCUUGUGAAAAUCAAAAAAUUACCUCCCUAAAGUACCUCCUCUCACAGAUUUCCUUUCAGUAAAAGUGCUACAGUAAAAUUAUGAAGAAAGAUAUAGUAGAAAAGUUGUUCAUAAAAAAAAUAAUAAUAACUUUGUAAAACCACUCAGAAUCUAAAAAAGUUAAAAUUAUUAAUAAUACUUACAUUUAAUAACUUUAAAUAAAUCUGGGUUUGGUGAUCCAUUGUUAUCCUGGAUUAGGUCCUACCUUUUAGGUAGAGUCCAAUAGGUUAAGAUACUUGGUAAUAAGUCAGCUUUUACUUGUAUGUUAACUGAUGUCCCUUAAAGGGGUCAUUUGUCCCCUUUACUAUUUGCUGUAUUCAUUAAUGGUGUUAAGCGAGUUUCAGCUAACUUUAAUUUUAUCAUUUUUGCUGAUCUAAAAUUAUUUUGUAAAAUAUUAUCAAUCAAUGAUUGCCCUACACUUCAAAACAACUUAAAUAACUUAGUCAAAUAGUUGUCUUUUCUUGGCUUGCAUUUUAAUAUUGACAAAUGCAAGUAUGUUUUUUGAUAGAAGGCGCCUUAACAUUGAAUAUUUAUUUGAAAUUCGCAGAUCUACUUUAAUAUUGGUUACUUCUGUUAAAUAUUUAGGUAUUACCCUAACACCUAAGCUAGACUUCAAUCAUUACAUCGAGUUAACAUACUAUAAAGCUCUUAAAGUUUUAGUCUUUAUAAAAUGUUUUUAAAUUGAGUUUAAACUUGCUGUUCUUAUAAAAUCUAUUUAUUACUCUUUUGUUUGCUCAAUUAUAAAGUAAUCCUCAGUGCUUUGGAACCUGUACUACUUUUGGGUCUUGUGACAUUGAGAAAGUACAGCAUCGUUCUCUUGCUUUUGCGGCUUAUGAUUAUAAUAUAAAGCAUCCCCAGAACGAUUACACUAGUGUCCUUAGCUACCUUUCUCUUGAUUCACUAGCAGACAGAAGAGUGUCUGCUAAUAAAUAAUACUCGAAUAAUGAUUCUUGAGCAAGUUACUAAAUGUCUCUAUUGAGUCUCCUUCCCUCCUAUUAGAGUUCCUCUUCACUCCUUAUGUUUUCAUGCUCUAUUUUUUGUCCAGAUACUAUGAACUUUGGUCUGAAUCAGCACAUACAUCAUAUGAUGUGGUUUUUAAUCUAUAAAUCUAUAUGUUUUUAUUCAGUGUUCUUUUGUUGUAUUAUCAUUGUAAGCUAUCCUUUGUACUUUUAGUAUUACGAUAAGUUAUUUAAGUUUUGUUAAUCUAACAUUCUAAGCAAUUUUCUGUGUAAUAGUACUAUAUACUAUAUUUCUAUGUAAAAUUGUUCAUUGAAGCAUAAAUAAAUAAAAUAAAUUAUGUAUGGACAACCGACAAAUAUAAUUAAUAUAAAUAUAAUUAUUUAGAAUUAGAAAAUUAAAACAUGAAUAAAAAAAAAUAGUAACAGUAGUAAUUUUAAAUUAGUUUUUAAUUUAAAUACUUCAUUGAAUAUUCUGUAAAAUAAAAUUAUUAUCUUUUUGUACUUGUUGAAUAUUUUAAUGUUAUUUAAUACAAAAUACAUUUUAAUAUUUAAAAAAAAACUAGAUCCUAAAUAAGUUAUUGGUCAAAACCGUUUUCUAAUUUUGUUUGUUCUAAAUUUGUUAAAUUUACUUUAGAAUUAAGAAUAGAGAAAAAAAUUAACUAAAAUAAUGAGUCUUUUGUUAAAUUUUCAUUUAAAAAACAUGAUAUAAUUGUAUAUGAAAUAUGAACUUCUAUAAAUUGUAUUUUUAUUAGUAAUUAUAUUUUACAGGCAGUGAAAAUGUUGGUCCUAAUGUUAUGCGAGACUUUUUAACUUCACAUAAAGAAUUAAGAUUUUUAGGCCUCAUGCAUAUGGAUGAUUGUGGUUUGGCCAUGUUUACAGUUCCUACUCAUCCAUUAUAUAAUCCCAAUUUAGAGGUUAGUAUUAAUUAAUUUAUUUUGUAUUUUGUCAAAAUAGAUAAAUGUUAAAUAUUGUUAGAUUAUGUGUAUAGUUAUAGACAUUAGUUUUUAAAUUUAUAUCAUUGUAUAUUAAGAAAUUUAAUUUAUGUUUACAGGUUUCUGGUAUUGUGACACAAGAACAAUUACUAACUGGUUUAAAACGUUAUAUAAAACGACCAACGUAUAUUCAAAAAUGUCUUUUUCAUUUAUUUAAGUGGACAGAGAAAUAUAGUUCCCCAAAAGUUGAUAUUAUUGAAGUACUUAGUAUAUAAUUAGUAUAAUUACAAUUUAAAAUAUUGUUUUCUCAUAAUAUUUGUUUUAAUGUUCUAGUUAAUUAUAAAUGCUAUGAACAGUCUUUCUGAUAAUUUUCCUGUACAAAUGGCAGCAACUGCUUGUCUGUAUAAUUUAACAAAGAGUGAUUUAGCUUCAAAAAUACAUCCUUGUAUACUGGCUAAAGUAGUUGAAGCUACCUUAGAUGCCAUGGAACAUUUUCCCAAUCAUAGCCAAUUGCAGAAAAAUACAUUAUUGACAUUAUGUAGUGAUCGUAUAUUACAAGUAUGUAUAUUACUAUAAUUCAUAAAAUUAUAACUUAUGAUAUAUUUUAAAAGAAUGGGAAAAUGUAAUUAUAUCAACAGGUAGGAAGUUUUUAAAACUAUAAUCAUUUAAUAUUUAUGUAGUAAAAAAAAAACUUAGAUAUAUAUGAAAUUUAAAAAGUUGCCUAAAAACCAAUAAAAAUAAAUAUAAUAAUAACAAUAGUUUUAAGUAUUUAUGUAUUAUAUAGUAAUAUUCUGUACUCAUUACCGCUUUGGGUUGUUAAAUAAAUAAAUAAUAUACAAUAUAUAUAUAUAAAUAAAUAAUAAAUAAUAUAAAUAAUUUAAAAAAAUAGCUGAUACUGGAGACGGGCACAGUUACUGUUGAAGCUGGGAAUUUGGGAAGGAAGGAUACAUAAAGUUAUAUAAUUUAUAUUUGAAUGCAAAGAUAAACUAUUGUUAACAAAAAACAAUUUGAAAUGAAGUUCGUUAAGAUAUUUUUUGAUAUAUUUCUGAUAGAUAAAUAUAAUCUUAAAAUUUUAAAUAAUAAAAUGUGCUGUAAUUUGAAAACAAAUUUUAUAUUUUGCCUUUAUUGGUUUUCUCAAUUAUUUUGAAAACUUCUGAAAUUAUUAAAAAAUGUCAUGUUCUGCUGUCAGUUGCUAGAUAGUAAAUCGUUGCGGUGUGCCUUAAAUGUUUGUAAUUUUUCCAAAAUGUGUAUUUCUGUUUUAUCUAAUUUUAUUUAAAACCUUUUGGAAAAUCUAAAAACUACCUCCAAUAUACAAACUAUGUAAAAUUUCCUUUCAGAAAAGGUACUACACUUUGUACAUCGGAGAAAUAUUUUUUUUCGAAAAGUUGUUUACAGACAAAAAAUAAAUAAAUAUAUUUCAUACGCUCCAAAUCUAAAAUAUAAGGUCAUUUCAUUUUUUUUUAAAUUUGUAUAUUAAAUAAUUUUUGAAAUUUUCUAUAGUAUUAUCGUUAAUAAUUCUGCCUAAUUAAAUUUAACGUACAAUUUAUAUCUUGAAAUAAAUUUGUUUUGAUACUGAACAUCAUUUGUGUCAAUUUUAUUUUUACUUUAUUUAUAUAUUUCCAUUAAAAUAUUUAGAACUAAUCAGUACAAAUUAUAAAUUUUUUACGAAUUAUGUGAAAUUCAUCUAUUACCUUCUUUAUCAAUUUAUUAUAUUUAAUACAAAUUACUAAUUAGUGAUUUCAUUAAAAUCCAAACUAAAUAGUAUAAUAAAGUUCACUUAAAAGGUAUUAAAUAUUAUCUCUUGUAUUUUAUUUUUUACAUUGAAGUUAUAGCUAUAGUUUUACUAUUCAUUUAUAAUUUUGCUCAAAAAAAAAAAAAAAUUGCAUUCUAUAAUUCAGUCUACUCACUCAUAUAAACACUUUCUUAAAUGAAAUAUAUGUUACAAAAAUUAAUGAAUACAAUAUUAAUAUUGUAAUACUGUGUUUAUAUAUCAGGAUGUUAAAAUGGAUAAGUUCAGAUGUGCAAAAUUAGUCUUGGAUUCAUUAAAUUUUUUUAAUGAUAUUGUCAUGAACCGCAUGAGUGUUGCCAUAUGCAGUAUAUUAGGUAGGUAAAUUAUUUACUAUGAAUUUAAAUGAAGCAAUACAUUUGUUCAUUAUUAACAUAAAAAUUGUAAUCAAUACAUUUAUUAUUUGAUAUUUUGUAGCUGCAAAAAUUUCUACUUUUGAAACGUCUCAAUUAGGAUCCAACCCUAGAUAUAUGUCUAAAUUGUUAUCAAUAGUGUGUGAAAAAUUAUCUACUCAAACAAUUGAUGUGACUAUGAAGUUUACAUUGAGUGCACUUUGGAAUCUUACUGGUAGCUUUCUAUAUAUUAUUUUGUAAUAAAUUAAUUUAAUAUACUUUUCAAUAUAUUUGUUUGCACUUAGGUAAAACUAUUUUAUACUAUUGUGCUAUGGUUUUAAAAUGAAUUAUUUAUUAAUUAUUGUGUUAAUUUACUGUCUUCUAAAAAAUUUUUAUUUACAUUAUUUUCUAGAUGAAUCCCCUACAACAUGCAAAGUGUUCAUUGAUGAAGGUGGGUUAGAGAUAUAUAUGAAAAUAUUAAAUACAUUUAUCCAUGAUAGUACUGUAGAAACUAAAGUACUUGGUUUGGUAAAUAAUAUUGCUGAAGUACCACAUUUGCGAGCUAUGCUAUUUAAUAAUAAUAUUAUUCCUACUUUAAGGUAAUUACAUUAUUUAGUAAAUAUUUAUUAUUUAUUCAUCUAUGUAUUGAUGUACUGAUUAAUACUUUGAUUAUUUGUUCAGACGUUUGUUGAAAUCUGAUCAAAUUGAUGUAAGCUACUUUGCUGCUGGCAUAAUAGCACAUUUAGCAUGUGAACCUGGCUGGAAUGAAUAUACUGUAAAUUGUAAAGAUGAAGUUUUGGUUGAACUACGCCACGCUGUAAAACAAUGGGUGCCUCCAGAGGGAGAAAUGGUUGCAUAUAGAUCUUUCCAGCCUUUUUUUGGCUUACUCAACUCAACUGAUACACCACAGGUUCAGUUGUGGGCUGCUUGGGCAAUACUGCAUGUCUGUACCAAAAAUGGUCUGUACAUAUUUUUAAUUUUAAGUUUUAAAUAAAACACAUUAAUUUUGUGUAUGUAUUUUUGUUUUUUAGCUAAAAAGUAUUGUGAAAUGCUCAGUAAAGAGAAUGGAGUUGCAAUUUUACAAAAAAUUGCUACAGACAAGUCAGUUGAUCAUGAAGUUUGUCAAUUAUGCUAUCUUAUAUUAGACAUGAUGAGUGAAUUUAGGUAACUUUUGAAUAAACCAAAUUUUCAAACAAUAGUCAAUAAAAUUAAACUUUAUAAGAAAUACAAAUUAUAAUGAUUAUGAAUGAUUGUGUUUAUAAGAAUGUUUCUAAUCCAGUGUUACCAAUCGAUACAUUUUAGUUCUACGCUUUAUCUGAUAUAUUCCUUACAUAAAAUGUUGAGUUUUUCUUGUCAAUAUUUUUAAUUAUUUGUGUGAUUUUAAAUUAAAUAUUUGUUUUGUAAAAUAGUAAUACUCCGAUAUUUAACAUCAGACCAAAUAAUAUUUAGUGAGUAUCUUCUUAUUAACGUCUUAAAUUUAUUCAAGCUAUAUUCUAAAAUUUGUAUCAUGCACAAAGCAAUAUAUUUUUUUGUCCUAUGAAAAUGGAAUAAUUUUGAUGUCAAACGACUUCAUGUAAUUAUUGAUCAAAUGUAUUUUGAUUACAUUUUAUUAAACAACAAUAUAUUUGUUUAUGAUUGAAAUCAUUUAAAAAUAUCUAUUUUGUGAAUUCACUUCAAUAUAGUUGAGUUAAUGAUAUCAAUGAAGACUAUUCUAAGGUUUAAGUGUUACUUCAGCAACACAUACACAAUUUGGUAGGUGGAUAGACGAGUUGGUUGGUAACAAAUUUAGUGGUAUUUACUUAAGUUUAUAACAUGUGAUAAGGUUGAUUUUUCUCCAGUUUUUAUGUUUUCUAGUUAUUUACUAAAUAUCACUUCUAACCAUAGGUGUGCCCAGAGUUCCCAAUCAGGCGCAGCAAAUAUUUCUAUUUUAUUAAUUAUUAAUGUCUUUUAUUUUAAAAAUAACUAUUAGGAUUAAAAGGCAAGUAGUCUUGAUUCUAUUAUUAGUGUCAUUAGUAUAGUCAAUUUUUUGUUCUUUGUUUUUCACUCAUUAUUUAGUAAAUUAAAAAAUAAUACUAAUAAUAAUACUUUUAACAAAAAGAAAAAAAAAAUAUUGUCCAUUAUUUAUUAAUAUUUAGUUAUCAUAGCUGCUAAUAACUUGUCUUGCAUAAAAAUUAUAGAUGCAGUACAAACCAUUUGAUAUUGUAUUCAAUUUUAAUAGUAUCUAACCCGUCUUAAAUUAUUAUUACCUAAUCACUGUUUAUCCAUCUUUAUCUAUUUAUACUAUUGUAAACAGCUGUGGUAUUGUAACUAUUUUAAUGAAGCAUAUAUGGUACUGAUAAAUGAUAGAAUCAAGAUAUAAUUUUAAAUAUUUAAUCAUUUCACAAACAUACAGAAAAAAAAUCUUUCAUCUGUCAAUAAACUUGAAGGUAUACUUAAAAAUAAAAAUCUGUGGUCUCAAAAUAAUUAGAUGCAGAAAUAUGCUGCAUGUGCUACACCUGUGAGCACGCCUAUGCUGUUAAUAUAUUUUACAAAGGUAGGUUGGUGGAUCCUCAGAAAUAUCCUCAACGGCACAUAUUUUUGUGGGGAUAUCCACCAUUGAAGAUAUCCAUGAUAAAUAAGUUAAUAUGUUUUUAUGUCUUUAAAUAUUAUAUGUGAAACAUUAAUUUUAAAUACACUAAUUAAUAUUUUUAAAUAUUUAUACCAGAUCUAUCUAAUAAUAUAUUUUCAAACUCUUAUGUUGUAACAUUUAUUAACAUUGUAUUUUUAAAUAGGUAUUUAACUAUAAUAUUUUAUUUUAAAUUUAAAUCAUUUAUUAUAUUAUUAAAAUAUAUAUAUAUAUAUAUAUAUAUUGAAAGUUAGGCAGUUAGUUCAAGUUCUCAAAUACAUAUAAACAAACAAUCUUUUCCAUCUGGUUUUGCCCUUGCAAUAAAAAUGUUUCUCUUGUAAUUAAAAUACAAAUUGAGUUUAGAGUACUUAAGUUAAUAGAUUCACCUUUUAUUUGUAUAUUUGUAUGUAUAUCUUUAAUCAAACUAUAAUAUUAUUAUAUAUUUAUCUAAAAGUGGAACUUGAAAAUUCUAACCUCGCAUCAUUAUUUUGACAGAGUAAUGUAUAAAAAUAGAAUAAUAUCUAUAUCAUCUAUAUCAUCUUAUUUUAUCUACAAUGAUAUAUUAACUUUAACAUAUUAUACAAGUAUAAGUAUGCACCUAUACAUACUUACUUUAAUUAUUUGAGCAAAUAUGACCUAAAAUUAGGUGUAUAAAAUUAUUCAAUUAAUCAAUUUGUAGGCCAUUGUAGAAUGAAGAUUCAAAUUUCUAAGUACCUAUCUAUUAUGAUCUCUGUAACUAUUUGCAUUAAAUUUAUGAAAGUAUUUGUUCAUUUGACAUAGCUACAUGUUGAGAUUGCUAUAUUAUAAAUAAAAUGUAAUGUGAUGGUAAUUUUUUAACCUUAUAUUAUUAUUAGGUACAUACAGAUUAUAUCACAUAUUUAUACAACUUAGUAAAAUAAAUUGUGUUUAAAAGAGCGUUAUGUUCUGUGUUUAAAUGUAUUAUUUUUGUUUAAACACAAUUGAUAAUUGUUUUUUGUUGAUGGAUAGUUCAUAAAUAAUAAUCAAUACCUACCUAUUUA